AUGCGCGGGGCCCUCAAGGCGGCCCUUAAGGCGACGAGCUGCAAGCGCCGCAAAGCCGAGUCUCCCGGCAGGAGGCCCCUUGAGCGUGCGAAGAGCACAGAAAGUGGCCGUGAGAGGCUCUCCGUACGGCAGCAUGGGGAGAAACAGGAGAACCAGCGCGCGCCGGAGCACAGCAGCAGGAGUAGAAGCGUCGAGGAGGAACUCUCCUCUGCUUCCGACACGGAAGGGGCCGCAGCAGCAGCAGCCACUGCUGCUGCUGCCACUGCCGAAGGCAGCAGUGAUUCAGACGUGUCUUCAGCCGACAGCAGCGCGGAGCUGCGCUGCAGCAGCGAUAGCGAAGCCGAGAGUGAGGAGGGAGGCACGUACGAUGAAGAGUUGGAGGGGCCCCCUGGUCAGGAGGAGCUGCUUGGGGACCACUCCGAUGGCUUCCAGGAGGCCCUUGGCGCGCAACUGAAGCACAAGCAUCCAGAUUUUUUGGACUUCGUGCUGUCUGCCGCAGGGUCUGGCGACGGGGAGGAGGACGCAGACAUGAGUGGCAGUGAGGAGGCAUCCUCGGCGGCAGAGAGCGAAGAGGAAGCAGCCACCUCCACGCUGCACCAGCGGAGGCAGCAGCAAGAUCCAAAACGGAGGCUUCUGACGCAGGAACGCUUCCUAGCCAUCUGCAGUGCCAUCGGGAUAGAUCCCCUAGCGAAGUGCAAGAAAGAAGCGGAGGCACGGCUUCAGCAGGCUCAAGAAGCGCUGAGGAGUCUUCGAGGAGCGCAGCUGCUCCUGGAAGCGCUUCAUGCAGCCGUGAUGCAGCUUUUCCCAAAGCAGGAUGAGGCCAAUGCGGCAGGCGCAAUGGCAGUUGCAGCAGCAAGAGCUGCAGGGGAGCGCAGCAAGUUCAAGCACGCCAAGCAGCACCAAGACAACGAGGAAGGCCUCCGCCAACAGCAGCAGCGCAACGAAGCGGUGCUGAGAAGACUGCAGCAGCAACAACAGCAACACCAACGCAGCAGCAGAAGCAGCGGCACUUUUGAACUGCCGGAUGGAGACACGUGUUCCUUUGUGAUUCUCGCGGUCGUUAGAAGCGCAGCGACGCUCUUUAAGAACCUUUCUUCGAGGGAAUCUCCAGAAGCGAGACGAGCAGCAGAGGGAGGAGGAGGCCUUCCCGAAGUCGCCUCAAGUCGACUGCGCCGGCUACUCAAGGGCUUUGGAGCCGAUAUUACGCAUUUGCUUCUGGCUACGCGGCAGCAGACGGCAGCUGCAGCUGGCGCCAAGGAGCUGAUGCUGCAGGUGCUGCUAGCGCUCAGCAGGAAGGAUCUGCUGCAGUGGAUUAUGACGCAGGAAGCGGCUGCGCGGCGACUGCUGCAGGCUGUGUGCCGCUAUUGGGCCUUUUCGCAACAGCAGCAGCAGCAACUUGCGGCGUUCGCUGUGCUUCGAAGCGCUCUGCUUCUGCAGCAGUCUGCAGCGGCUGCUGUGACAGCGGACGGCAAGCGAAAGGCACGGAAGGGAGGCGAGGGCUUACCCCCGUCAGCAGCUGCAAUCGCAGCAGCCCACAAAGAGCAGCAGUUCUUACAGCAGCUACUGCGGUCCUAUCAGAGGGCAGCUGCCCGACUCAGCCUGCGGCGGACGUGGAGAGCAGCUAGUCGCAUGCAGCUGCUGCUCAAUGAGACGAAGGAACUGCUCUCGCUCGCUGCGCCUCCCACCGUCUACAGGAUUGCGUAUCAGUCCGUCAGAGAGCUCGCCCUCACGGUUCGCAGCGCCCUCGCUGCGGGUGGCACUGUGGCAAAAAGUGCGAGCAAGCCCACGCAGGGGUUGAAGAGUAAGGCGGCACACAGGAAGAAGCACAGGCUUGAGCAGGCGCAGUUGGUUUUGUUUUGCUGGCCAUUUGUUGCUACCUGCGCGUUGUGGGCUUCUUGCUUGGAUUUGCACAAGGAGGAGCUCUUGAGGCCUUUGCUGUUUCCGCUCGUUUCCGUGGCUGCUGCUGCUGUCAAGUUGUAUCAGCAGCAGCUCUCCUGUUCGCCUUUCUGCCUGAAUCUUCUCGACGCAAUAGCGCGGGCUGGAGUCGCUGCUGAUGCCCUCGUGCCCAUUGCUGCCCCUCUCCUAGCCGUCCUGCAGCUGCUGCUGCAACAGCACGCGGCCGUAUGUAGGCGCAGCAGCAGCGCGGUAGGGGCAGCCGGGAGCGCUGCCGCUGCAGCAGGUUCGGUGCAGAAGAAGGGGAAGAAAGUCGCCACAACAAAGGCGGCAGAUAACGCAACCACACCCCUCCGACUGCAGCAAGCAGCGGCAGCACAUGUGGACACCUGCCUUAAGAUUGACUCGGCGCAGCAAGAAUCCUUACAUCAAUUUGGUGCCUCAAAGAAGCUGCAGCAGGUGGCUGCGGCAGCAUCUGCAAGCGCGGAGACGGUGAAGAGACUCCGCUUGUCCCUUAGAGACAUGCCCAUCGGAAGGGUGGCGGUGCUGCCUAUAGAACAAGAGAAGCAGCAUUUGCCGCUUCUGGCUCUUAGCGAGAGGCUGACGAGGGAAAGGCAGCGUGCGAUGGCCGAAGGCGUAAAGGACGAAGUUUCUGCAGCUGAGCACCGCAAGAAGAAGGAGGUCGAAGAGACAUUCACUGCGAAGCAGCUCAAGAGGCGGCGCCAGAAAGAGCAGAGGCAGGGAAAUAGGGCCUCGUUUCCUAGCGAAAGCCCUACUGCGAUAGCUCUGCUAAUUGAACCAUUAACAGCUCGAAAUGCUGCUGCGUAUUUAGCUGUGACAGCAGCCGCGCCUCCGCUACCCGACUUGCCGCCGACAGUUCCAGAACCUUGUGUUGGUGCUGCUCAGGAUGUGCUUGAGGAGUUCGACAGUGACCUCAGCACCGAAUAG